AUCUCUAAAAUGUACGUAAAAAAUAAAAUGUCCGGAAUUUUUACGAAGGUUUUGAGCCUGCCGGCGCAGUUUCCGCUUAUUCGCGGUAUGGUCUCAUACGCUGUGAUUUGGCCAACCUGCAGCAUUACUCAAGAAUACAUAGAGAACGGAACCACAAUUCAGCACGCUGAUUGGUCAAAAGCUGCUAGAUUCGGGAUCUUUGGAACAUUCUUCAUGGCUCCAGUAUUCUACGGAUGGAUGCAGUUUACCAGCAAAUUUUUUAAGCGGAAAACACUAUCCACGUGUAUUCUUCGGGCGGCUGUGGAGCAAAUUUCGUAUUCGCCUUUAGCAAUGGCGUAUUUCUUCUUUGGGAUGAGUUUACUAGAAAUGAAACCCAUAAAGACCUGUUUGAAUGAAGUGCGGGAAAAGUUCUGGCCGACUUAUAAGAUUGGUGUUGUGUUUUGGCCAACAGCACAGACAAUAAACUUCUACUUUGUGUCGGAAAAGAAUCGUAUUGUGUUUGUGAGCUGUGCUAGUUUUAUCUGGACGAUAUAUUUGGCACAUAUGAAAGCGAAAGCAAUAAACGUAAAAAAACCUAAAUAUGAUAAGAUAGAGGAAGCGGAAAGUGAUUAA